CUUGGUCAUGUUUUUGAACUGCAUGCACUAUUUGAACAGCUUCGACAGCUUUGUUAUGUCUUAUCAUUAGGAUCGUCAAGUUAUUAUUGACAUUGGUCAGUCCAAAACACAAAGAUGGAAGCCAGUCAAUGGAGGUUCUUUUUCACUCUCUGUGUUUCGUUGGUAACACUCGAGUCAUGUCGAUCGGAAAUCAUGGAGAUUGUUGAACUUUGGCCUGAAGUGGAAGGUGAUUUGACACAAGUGACCUGGUCUCAUGGUACCAAUUCCAUUGCGGCAUUGACUACAGCUUUGAAUGAUGACACCAUGAUGAUUGAAGCUGAUGUGUCCCUGGGCUUUGUUUUGGGCCAGGAGGAUAGGAUUGUGCCAAUUAUGGCCCAUCCCCCGGCAUUUAUCAGUGAUUUGUCUCUUGAAGACUUUAUGGAUAGAGUCAUUCAGGCACGCAAUCAGGGUUUUAAAAAGGGUGUCAAACUGGAUUUCAAGAGUACUGAAGUUCUUCAAGAGGCAUUCCGAACACUUCCUUCCUAUGAAAAUGAGAUCAACUUUCCCUUUUGGCUCAAUGGUGAUGUAUCAAAUGGUCCAAAAGAAGUGGAGCCACUUAAAAUUGUGUCUGGUAGUGAACUGAUCCAAUUGGCUGCAGAAUUUUUUCCAAAGGCCACACUCAGCCUAGGUUGGGUUACAUCUUCUCAUCCUGCAGAUGGCAACUACUUUUAUACAGAAGAGCAAAUCCAGGAGCUCUUGGAUGUAAUGAAUACUAGCGGAAUUGGAAACCAAACCGUGACGUUUCCCAUACGAACCCUGUUCAUGGCCAACUCAGAGGCCGUCCUCACCAGCCUCCUGGCCCAAUCGAAGGCUCAAUCGGCAACCCUGACCAUGUGGGGAACAGAUGACAUUGACGACACGGAGGCUGUGAAGUCAGUUCUGAACCGAAUCGGACGUCAAAGAGUGUACAUGGACUUGCCUGAUGAUCUUGCGGAUCAAUUGAGUUGAUCUGAUCCAUUUGAGAGAUUAAUAAAAACGACCCCAAGAUCAAA